GCAGCCAAAACACAGAAGGCGACGAAGAAGUUUCAGAAUUUUUUAGAAAUGUUCAAGAGAUAAGUGAAAAAGAAUUAUCCUCAUCGGAAGUAAUGGACAAACUAAAAACCUUGGAAGAUUCAGUUGGUCUUAUAUUACAACAACUUAAAAAAUUAGAAAAAUCAAACGAAGCACCAACAGGAUCAAUAUCAACAGCACCCCUGGCAAAUAUUUCAGAAGCACCAACGGGAUCUGCAUCAAAAGCACCAUUGGCAGUUGUGUCAGCAGCACCCCUGGCAAAUAUUUCAGAAGCACCAACGGGAUCUGCAUCAAAAGCACCAUUGGCAGUUGUGUCAGCAGCACCCCUGGCAAAUAUUUCAGAAGCACCAACGGGAUCUGCAUCAAAAGCACCAUUGGCAGUUGUGUCAGCAGCACCCCUGGCAAAUAUUUCAGAAGCACCAACGGGAUUUGCAUCAAAAGCACCAUUGGCAGUUGUGUCAGCAGCACCCCUGGCAAAUAUUUCAGAAGCACCAACGGGAUUUGCAUCAAAAGCACCAUUGGCAGUUGUGUCAGGUAGUGGGUUUUGCAUACUUAUACAGCAGCACCCCUGGCAAAUAUUUCAGAAGCACCAACAGGAUCUGCAUCAAAAGCACCAUUGGCAGUUGUGUCAGCACCCCUUGCAGUUAUUUCUGAAGCACCAUUGGCAUCAGUGUCAGCAACACAUUCUUCAGUUGCAACAGCAUCUUGGGAGAGUUUCCUUUUAUAUCGCUCCCAGCACCCAGGCCCAUUAUCACAGAGGGCCUUCUUCCGGUGGUGCCAAUAUGGGGGAGAUGAUCCCUCCUUUAGAUGGAGGAGACAGACCCCAUAUGGGGCCACCGGUAGGAGGAGUGGUGCUGGGAGGCAGAAUGACCAAAGGUCAAACAUUAUGAAUUUUUAUCAGUAGUUUUUUUUUUUUUUUUUUGUGUUAAUUUAUUUAUUUGUUGUAAAUAUAUCUUUACGUUUCAAAAAAGUUGUUUUUUAGUUUCGAUUUUUGCAAGUAUUUUUAUUUAUUUUUGAUAUUUUAAUUUUUUAAUUUUAUAUUUAUUGAUUUUUAUUUCUGAUUUGAGAGUCUAAACUUUCAAAACAACUCUUAUGUGGUUAAAUGUUAAAUAAUUUGUCUAUUAAUUUUUAUUUAUUUCAUAUAGUUUUUGAUUUCUUGAUAGUAAAUAUUUUGUAAUUUAGUUACAAUUUUUUCUUAUUCUAUUUGUUUGUUUUAUAUGCCUAAUUGUUGCAUUAUACACAUAUUAAUGUUUAUAUUAUUCUCUUUAGAUUUUUAUUAUAAAAAAGUAAUCAUUAAAGAUAGCCACAUGUGAACUAUAUGAUGUUACAUGUUAGACAAGUUUUAUUUGCAAUUUGCAAUUUGGCAUGUCGUUUUUUUAUUUGUAAAUAAUUUUACUAUUUAAUUUAGU